AUGUCGGACAUGUCAUUUUCCCAUAUGGAUUAUAAAAUGUUUCCUGGAGGAUAUUACCGUGAUCUACCAUCGUUUCAACAAACUUCAACCCCGACUAUUCCGAAUAUGUCCGGAUGCAUCGGGGAUAUCCCGACCCCUGCGGAUCUCAGCAUGUUGAAUGAUAUCUACCAAAAGACUGAUAUGUUCAAUGUGAAUGUGAACGCUAAAAGUCGCGGACCCGGGGAUUCCUCCCCAGACAGCGGACACGGUGGUGACGCUAAAAACGACACAGCGUUAUGUGAGAGUGGGGAGGAGGAAGGAGUGGAGCUUGAUAGUGGAAUAAUCGACCAGACACCCCCCGCACGACGCUACCUCAGCGAUGAUGAAAAUUGUGAUAUCAAACCCACGGGGCACCGGAAACGGAAACGACCAAUUCCCAAAGGUAAACCACCAUAUAGUUACAUUGCAUUGAUCAGUAUGGCCAUCUGUAACAAUGUGGAGCGGAAGCUCACUCUUAAUGACAUUUACAAGUUUAUAACUGACAAAUUCCCUUACUUUAGGGACCAUCCUAAUCAAAAAGGAUGGAAGGGGUCAAUACGUCACAAUUUGGCACUCAACGACUGUUUCGUAAAGCUUCCUCGUCGCCCCGGAAUGAAGGGACACGAAUGGGCUAUUGACGCAGAAUACGAGGAUAUGUUUGACCAUGGGAGUUUCCUGCGGAGGAGGUAUCGUUACAAGGAUGGUGUCCGUAAAAAAGCCCGCCAUUCGUCGGCACCUAGUUCGAUUGGAUCCCCGGAUGUGUUUCUACAGCCACAACGUCACCACGUUGGUCUCGGCUGCCUCGAAAACAAAAUGGCGCAACUCCAGCCAGCUGACAACACGUUCGGCCAUUCUUUCAAUCUUCAGCACGAGUACGCUACAUCAGUUGAAGAAAGAUCUGCUAACAAUGGAUUGUGGAAUCCGUUUAUCAACGACAGUGUGCCGACGACUCCAUUGUCACAUCCUGCCAAAAGUCCUCCGUCAUAUGACGACGCGUGCGCGACAUCACCGCCAUCUCAAAUGACGUCACCAUCCAAUGACGGCAAUACUUCCGCAGAUAUCACCAAUAAGUACCACGCCUACAUGAAUGGAAUGGCAGGGCUUUGGAAUGGCAGCAACGUCCAUCAGUUUCAGGGUUUACAUAUUCCGAAUUUCAAUAUGGCACACCCUUCCGCAAUUAAAAGCGAGAGUUUAAGCCCGCUUGGUAACUCGGCCAACUUGUGGAAUUCGCCAUAUAUGGACCCAGGGAUUGGAUUCAAAUCUCAACCAUAUCCGAUCCAAAGCUUCGCAAGUCCCGCUCCACACGACAAAAACUUUCCGAUGACCCGUGCCCCGGGACCUAGACUUCUGCCUCCCUGGUCUACCCCUCAGUAG